AUGAAAACUAAUUUCACAUUCAUACUCGAUCCUUCUGGACAAACUUCUUAUCAAGAAGAGGAUUUCAAUAAUCCCCCCUGUGCACUUUAUUUAUCUAUCAAAGAACUAAUUAAACCCGAAGAAUCCGCUGAAAAGAUUCCACGUCCGUUAAAUUCCUUUAUGCUCUUUCGGCGGAAUUAUGCAGCAAGUGUUCAAAUUCUAAAUAGAGGUCGAAACUUUGUUCCAUAUGUCUCAACCGAAGCUUCUCAAGCUUGGGAAUGUGCUUCUAAAGAAGUAAUAACGUUCUUUACCGCGUUAGCUGAAAAAGCCAAAUUGGAACAUAAGCGGCGAUACCCGCAUUAUAUAUUCUCUCCAAAAAGAAACAAUAAUAAGCCAACUUCCACACAGCAGCAAGAUAAUGAAGGUAUGAAAAAAAAGGUUCCUUCGGAUUCUCCGGAACCUAUCGUAGAAGAAUUUAAACAAGGUUGUGUCGGCGCACCUUCUAAUAUUCAGCAAGCAGAAGACAUAAAUAUUAACACGAAUACGGAUGGAGAAGAAUUAGACCACCACACUAGUGUAUUGGUUAUAGAUUCAAAAUAUUAUGACUUGUUUCAUCCAGAAUAUGCUAAAGAAAUUAUAUAUUCUUUUGGAGAUGAUGAUGACGAUCAAGAUCGUUAA